AUGUUCAACAAAAUAAUGAAAAGAGGGCAGAAAAAGCCCUCAAAACCCGAACCCAUAGAGCCCCCUGUCUCUUCUAACCCACCCCCCGAAGUCACGGUCAAUCACGCCUCCCGCCAGCCCACCGCAUUAGUCCCUGCUCCGCCACCCGUCCCGCAAAACCCCGGCAUAGUCGAAGUCCUCCCUCCCCUCAAAGACACCCCUUUAUCCGAACGCCAUUCCAUCUUCAUCCGCAAAGUCUAUAUCUGCUGCAUCUCGUUCGACUUCUCAGACACCAUGAAAUCGGCACGCGAGAAAGAAAUCAAGCGUCAAACCCUAGCCGAGCUAGUGGACCUCGUUCAGUCGGGCUCGUGCAAGAUGAACGAGAUAAUGCAAGAAGAGCUCGUUCGAAUGAUCUCCGCAAAUAUCUUCCGCUGCCUUCCGCCAGCACCUCAUGAGAACACGGGCUUGGAAGGCGGUGACCCGGAAGAAGACGAGGUUUUCGCGGACCCCACUUGGCCCCACUUGCAGCUCGUUUACGAGCUUUUGUUGAGAUAUGUCGUUUCGUCAGAUAUGGAGACUCGUGUAGCCAAACGUUAUCUUGACCACACGUUCGUUCUGAAACUGCUUAAUCUUUUCGACUCUGAAGAUAUGAGGGAGAGAGAGUAUCUGAAGACUAUUCUUCAUAGGAUAUAUGGGCGAUUUAUGGUACACAGACCCUUUAUAAGGAAUGCGAUUAAUAAUAUUUUCUACCGGUUUAUAUUCGAGACUGAGAGGUAUAAUGGGGUGGGUGAGCUGCUGGAAAUACUCGGGAGCAUUAUCAACGGGUUUGCGCUGCCGAUGAAGGAAGAGCACAAGCUGUUCCUUGUACGGGCCUUGAUCCCACUGCACAAGCCCAAAUGCGUGGCCCAAUAUCAUCAGCAGUUGACUUACUGUGUGGUACAGUUUGUGGAGAAGGAUUACAGGCUGGCGGAUGUUGUUAUUCGGGGGGUGCUUAAGUACUGGCCUAUUACUAACUGUGGGAAAGAGGUUUUGUUCUUGGGAGAGUUGGAGGAGAUUUUGGAGGUUACACAGUCUGUGGAGUUUCAAAGGUGUAUGGUGCCUCUGUUUAGGCAGAUCGGGAGGAGUCUCAACAGCCCACAUUUUCAGGUUCGGGAAAAAAUGAUCCGUUAA